AUUUUGGAUUUAUGUUGGGGACCGCUCCAACAUUUUUCUAGGUAACGCAGCGUUCUAACAUUAACGGAGCUCAAUGGCUUCGGAAGCGGCGGACCCAGGAAAGAGCAGGAGAAAGACUAAAAUGACAUUUUUGUCUGGUUCUAAUAAACGCAAAACCAAACAAGGAGAGGAAAACGACAAAAGGGGAUCGAUUGGUUCUCCAGGUGCAAUUCGGCCGGCACAAAACAUUGAAGUACCUUCAGAAUUGUCGUAUGAAUCGGUUGCAACAAAGGAUGGAGGCUCGCUAAUAUUCCUCAGAGUGUAUUGCGAGAGGGUGAGACGUGGCGACCACUUUAAGACAGUCAGGGUGUACAACAGCACGACAGCCGAAAAGUGUAUCAGAGAUUUAAUAGAAACCUACUACAUAAAAUUUGGUGAUCCCUCAAUGUAUCAGCUCUAUGAAGUUAUGGGAAGUAUCUCACAGGCAGUCGGCGUCAAAACAGACACUGGAGAUGGUCUACUGUUCAAGGAAGUGAAGGUUCGUAAAAUAGAACCACACGAAACGGUCCAGGAAAUAUUUUCGACCAUACACCCUGGCACAGGGCUCACACGGCGUAUAGAGUUGCGCGUUGGUGAGAACAAAACUGGUGGAAGCCGAUACAGUGUUGGAUCAAGUCAAGAUAGUCUUCCCCAACUAACUGAUGAGCCUGGUUUGAGGAGAUCUCUGACUCCCGGAAGCACAAGACUCACUUUUCGCGACUCACGUGCAAAAAGAAAGUCCAGUUUCGAACAUUCACCAGGUGGACCAUACUUGCUUCUGUUAAGAGGAAAUGACCCUACUAAAGACGUGUUAUUUCACGAUCUUGGUCCGCUCAUCUAUAGUGAAAAUCAUUCCAACAAAAAAACGGUAGGAUUUCAUCCUAGCGCAGAUAUCCGACUUUUUUCUGCUCCCAACAUUACAUGCUCACCAGAGAGGCUACAAAUUAUCGCGAAGUUAGUCGGAGAGGACAUCCCAUUAACAGUUGAUGGGCCAAACAUCUUAAGUGGAGCUAUUUAUCUUGAAUCUGCCGGUAGUAAUAUGAACAACGGGUACUCCCCUCUUCUCACACCUAUUUCAAUCAAUAACGAGAUUCUGACAGGCCCGGAUGGUUUCCAGUUCGAAAGGCGUAUGCUGCACCCUGGAGACUUUAUCUACUUUGGUUCCAGUAAGCAGGGUUACGUGUUUCUGUUCAAAGAUCCUAGAUGGAUACCGGAUUAUCGAUUAGAACUGGCACUUACAAGUUCCGUUUACGAUGCUGGAACAGAAACUCCUCAAAGGUGCGGAACAUUGGGCUCAUUGUACCGAGGACGGAACUCAGACCGCUCAAGCGAUACAGACUCCUCGCUUUCCGCAUCUUUGAGACAAAAGACUUUAUUGUCCUCACAAGUUCCAGAACAAAUUCCUAGAGCUGCGUCAUUACGCCAGGUUAUUAUCGAUCUGUUUACCCACCCAUUACCCGGUUGCUCACAGAACACCCGCCAGGCAAUGGACCCAUUUGAGCUGCCUCCCUGGUCGAAAAUUGAGCCCUGGCGUUCAGCCUGCCUGUUCUCUCACAUUUUGCGAUUUACUGCUCAGUUUGUGGUAAAAAUUAAUUGUCCAAUACCAAACAAGGAUGUUGAAGAAACGCAUCACAAAAUCAUUCGUGAGUAUGCCAUCAACCGAAUAAAGGAUAUGCGCUCACUACUUCUGGAAUGUCAUCAGAAUGUGUCCAACGUAAGUCCUGAAUCCUGUUCGGCACACAUCCGAAUGUCAUAAGCGGCCAAUGAUUUAAUCUAUCCACAUGUCUGGCUUGGUUUAUUCUGCUACGACUUGGCUGUUCUACUGUCUCCUGGUUGGUUAGGAGCUGCAUCUACCUCGGUUGACCGUAUUCCACAUUCGGGAACCAAUGAGUCCAAUACGCCAAGAUUGUUUCGUUUGGUCGAAUCGCUGCCGGUGAUGGUGGAUCUGAGGGAUUUAGCAUACCGUCUGGCUGAUGAUUCACUGAUGGUGGUUGUGAAGACCGUAUUUGAAGAACUAGCUCCAUUAACGACCCCUUUCUUCCAAGAUGCAGCUUUUUGUGCUGCGUCCGGUCGGUCACGGAUCGUGGAAGAUCAACAUCCAGAACUGCGCGUCCGGCUGAACAAACUUGCUUCCUGCCUUACAAACACACUGAACCUGUGCGGAGAUCUUCAUGAUGAACACCCGGCGUCUACUGCCUCAUCUCCUUUUCAUACUAGCAGCACGGACGACUCUUUCCAAUCUGCAAAGCAGCGCAGUCACAGUCGCUCCCGCAACUUUGAUCACAGCUUCCCUGAUAGCAGUGAUCGUAGUAUAUCUGGUGACACAGAUAGCGAAAGUGGUGAUCAAGGAGGCCCAGGCCACAGGUUAUUGGUAUCUAGGGCGAGACGCCAGUCAACGGUAUUGAAGGGUCGUUCGGAGUCGAAGGGAACUGGGACGGCGCAGCGAGUGGAAGCUAUUAUCUGGCGGCAGUUAUUAGCCUCACUGUCACACAAUGCUCUGUACGAGAUACUGGGUACACCAUCGAUUAAAAUUGACGAACACACCGGCCGUUUACUGUUAUCCGGUUUCGAUUGGCUGCAAACGUGGCUAAAGGAUAAUGGGCUAGAAAUUCACAGACGACCUUUGUCAAUGAUAAUGGAGUUUGCAAAACUGAUGUCUACGCACCAUGAAGACUUACUCCACAUGACCUGGACAAAUAUACGUUCCACUUUUCCUUCAGUACCACCAGCCCUAAUUAAGUUCAUGUUGGAUGAGUACAUGGUUGACGACGAACACAUAACAAACCCUAUUUGGCAAGUGGAUGCGCACGAUGACACUGCGGCAAAUGAGGACCCACCUGAUGUCAUUGGGCAGAUUUUACAAGGCUGGCGCUCCAAGGAGAGCGCUCAGUACCAAAACCAACAUCAACGGUAUGGACCGACAUAUAGACCAAGAGAUCCAUGGACUGUGUUCAAAAUGCCCGAAACUGAAGAGCUGCUAAAAAGGCUGGAUCAACGACUAGAAGCACAAAAAAUAGGUUUUCGCUGGACGGAACUUUUGAAACAAUUUUCCCCGCUACAGGCAAUCCAGGCGGCACCUGAGCCUGAAAGUAUCAUGAUAAACCGCCCGGAAAGUCGACAGCGACGCUUAAUUGUUAAGCGCAACCAAAGUCAGCAUGCCACAAGCUCCUCCACUACUACCGAGGAUGAAAUGCACCAUCGAAAAACUCCGACAACGGAUAUUUUAUUGAUGUCUCCACGUAACAGAAGAACAACAGACAGUGAAUUGAUGAAAGUAAAACCACCUGUAGAUUCAACUCUUCCAACACUUAACAAACCUGCUCAAUCCAAAGGAGAACCUACGAGAGUUUCACGUGGGCGCGGAGCUAAUCAGACGCGCACUUCCCUUGAUGCCGUCUUGCAAGAAAUCCCGCCCGACGCACGUGAAGAUGCCGUCUACCAUCUCAAUCAACUUCUGUCUUCGCUAUCCAAGUCCGAUAUGAGAAAGCUUAUGCAGACAAACGGGCGCCCUGAAAGCGCAGUUGACCGCGCAAAAAGUUCCGCGCGCGGAACACGAAAACGAAAUAAGCUGUGCGAGAGUCAACCAAAUAUGAACUCACUGUUUGAACAAGGCGAUGAGGAGCCUCUGGCUACAAACGGGCAGUUGCCAGCAAGUAUUGCCGCUCGUUCACCCGUAUUCACCCAGUCCAAUAGAUUUUUCAAUCAAGCUUCUUCGACUAACAAAUUGGCAAAAAGUAUGCUGCAGCUGCCAUUAGGAGAAAACGAGGAAAGUCAUUUGAAUGCACCGGAUCCUAAUGAGCUACUUCUUGUCAGUAAAGAUUAUGAACAGUUUCGAAUGUCAACCAUUGGAAAGGGAAUGAGCAAACUAAGAGAUCCCUUACAGCAAUUUGGGCUUAACAAUCCCCUUCGACCACAAGUUAGCGGAAGUCUGGGAAAUUUGUCAGUGCCUCAAAUGUGGAUUCAAGGCUCUCGGGAUGCAAGUUCUAUUUCAGGAGCGGAAUCCGUAAGUGAUCGAUUGCAGCACGGAUUGUACCGAGAUGACGAUUUGGUAAAUGUUGCGUCACGCGUUCAGCAAGGUUACACCGUCGUCAAUGUAACUCUCACGCGAACAGCUGAUACUGGCUUUGGCUUGGUGCUUGUGGAUGGCGAGCGCACCUCUCUUGACCAGCCUGGUGUGUUCGUCAAGUCAACCACUGCAAACAGUGCAGCAUCAGAGAAGGGAGAAAUCAAGUUUGGAGAUCAGAUACUCGCAAUAAACGGUCAAGAUUUGACCCAGAAAACUUAUUCAGAAGCACUGAAGCUAUUGAAAGACUGCAAACUGCAAGCUACCUUUACCAUCAGACGUUGCAACCUGGAUGACCCGAGUUUGUUGUUGGUUCCGAAAAUCAAUCCGUUGCCAGCUGGGCGACACUGAAUGAAGGUUGACAUCCCUUUGUGUAUUGUUCCGGUCCCUCGCUGUCUCUGUGAAAUCUGGCAACUAGCCUUCGGCUGUGAAUUUUCGAUUACCCCAAUUGGCCGGUUGUUUCCAGACUUCCCACAAGUCCCAUCGGAUGCAAGAACUAUUUUUGCUGCUCACUAGCCAUCGUUCUUGUUUGCGCAAUUUUCCUUCUUUGCACAUAUCUUAUACUGAGUUGACACAGAUGAUGUAUUAUCCACAUGCAAUUUGCUGGGACCCUUGUAGCAACUUUGUCUACAAAUUUGGCCUUUUUAAUCGAUCACUCUUCCAUCAGAUUUUUUCAGAGCCGUGUUAUCUCUU